AUGGGACGUUCAUGCAUUAACGAGGACUUUGUUGCGUCACUCGCGCAGCUGCUCAAUUCAGCGCAGGUCCCCUGUGUCCUUUGGGGUCAUGUUCUCCUCCGCGUUCACGGAGUUCCCACCAUCGUUGGCGCGGUCGACUUUGUGGUUCCGGAUGAGUUGCUCUCCGUCGCUACACAGGCCCUCACGCCUCACGAGAAGCUGAUACCUUGUCCCGACGGCAAGGAAUGCGAUAUCGUCUGUCCGACCCGGCCAACUCCCGCUCCUGUGAGCCACCUGCAUAUCGAGGGAGCCGAAGAACCGGUCGGCCUUUACCCCCAGUCCGAUACUCUGUGGUUCUUGCCGCCCCUACAGGCAGCGCUCAUAACGCCGGAUAGAGGCCAGCUUCCACCUUACUAUGCCCUGGCCUCGGACAAGUCUAUUCUGCCUCCUAGCAGGAUAGGGAGAGGCUCCGGGUUCUUCACGUCGACGGUUCACCCUGUUGUCAUCGUUCCCUCACACGUUCUGCUUGAGGCCUUUAUGCGGUUUUGCGCGCGCUAUAUCUGGACACCCCCUGGCGGCUUCUCCAUCAGCAUGAUUUGUUACGUGGGGCUUUACAUUGAUGAGGAUGGGUUUCUGGAUCUGAACCAGCUCUCGGAACCGCUAUCCUCGUCUUAUCUAGCGCUUAAACGAGGGGAGAUGCCUGUCCGACAGUGGGCAAACGAGCUGAAGAAGCUACUCGGGGAGCCUGAAUUACCAGGUUGA